CACUCCGAAAUUUCAGAGCUCUCGAGUCUUUAGUCAGUAGUCAUAAUCCUCUGGAAACACAUGUGGAAAUUUUUUUAGGUGAUGAGGCGGUGAUUUAGCUCAAAAGUCAGCAAAAUUACGCUGGAUUAGUCUCAGAAAUUCCUUGAAGAUCUUAUUCUAGUGGGUCGAUCCUCCAUGGUUGACAAACCCGUCGUCUUCUUCACAAUAUAUGAUUCUCGAAUCAACUUCGGAUUCAUGAUGAGCUGCAGAGAGAAACGGAGAUCCUGAACAGAAAAAACCCGUCGUUCUUCUUCUUCUUCACUGGUUUUUGCUGGUUUCCGAAGAAUUGUUCAUUAUUUUCACCCUUUGGGAUCUUAAAAAAAAAAAAAACCAAACCUUUUGGGAUCUAUAGGAGGAAAAAUGCUUCAUUCCUUACUUGAUUUGAGCAACAGAAGUUACAGUACCGUACUCGAAUGCAGAGAAGAGCUCCGAAAUUUGAGUUUUUUCUUGUAAUCAUUGAAACCCUUUUCCAUUUUGUUUUUUUUUUUUUACACAGAUUCUCGGUGUUUCAAAACAUGGGUGUUUCAGAAAUCAGAGGGGUUGCUUUUGUUUUCUUCCUUGUAUCAAUCUUGUUGGGGUUUUCAUUGGCUGACCCCAGGACGAAUGUCGCUGGUUUCUACUGUAACACAACUUAUGCCGCUUCAGGUGCUGUUCUUGCCGAUUACUUUAUUCCUGCAAUGGAUAAUCUAAGUUCACUUGUUACUCAAAAUGGGUUUGGGACUACCAUUUAUGGAGAUGGCCCAAAUACCGUUUUUGCACUUGCCCAGUGCUAUGAAGAUCUAAGUUCAAUUGAUUGCAGACUUUGCUUCUCAGAAAUUCGAUCCAUUCUCCCUAAAUGUUACCCUAGGACAGGAGGAAGGAUUUUUCUGGACGGGUGUUUUGGUCGUUAUGAGAAUUAUUCAUUCUUCAAUGAAGCCGUAGAUUUGGAGGACUCAAAAGUAUGUGCUUACAGUAAGAUCAGUUCCCUGCCUGAUUCAUUUAGACAAAUUGUCAUAGAGGUUGUGGGGAAUGUGAGCACAGAAGCUAUUAAGAGUCAGAAUUUUGCGGUUGGAUCGGUUUCAAACUCUAAUUUAUCAGUAUAUGCUCUUGCCCAAUGUUGGGAGAACUUGGAUAGCCAGAAAUGCAAGACUUGCCUCCAAGCUGCUGCUUCUUCUGUCAUUUCAUGUUCUCCAGCUGUUGAAGGCCGGUCUCUUAAUGCUGGUUGUUAUCUGAGGUAUUCAACUCAGAUGUUUUGGAACCCAAUUUCGACCACUUCAGAUUCAUCAGGGAAUCAUAGGACCUUAUUGAUUAUCAUUGGUUCCACUAUUGGAUGUUUGCUACUCUUAAGUGGGAUUGGGAUUUGGAAAGCCAAGACAUACUUGCGCAAGUCAGGUUCCAAGUCUCUUGGAGAUGUUUAUGGAUCAGGACUCUCUGCUGCCAUUUCUCAGUCCAAGCUGAAUUUCAGAUACCAAGAAUUGAGAAAGGCUACAAAGAGUUUUGACCCUUCCAACAAGCUUGGGCAGGGGAGCUAUGGAACUGUUUACAAGGGUGUUCUUCCUGAUGGAAGAGAAGUUGCUGUAAAGAGGUUGUUUCUAAAUACAAGACACUGGGUUGAUCAGUUUUUAAAUGAAGUGGAUCUGAUCAACCGCCUCCGCCACAAAAAUCUAGUGAAAUUGCUCGGUUGCAGUGCGGAUGGCCCCGAAAGCCUGCUCGUUUAUGAGUACUACUUCAACAAGAGCCUGGAUCAGUUUAUAUUUGACCGUAAUCGAGCAAAAGUUUUGGACUGGGAGAAGAGAUUGGAUAUCAUUCAAGGAGUGGCAGAAGGCCUCUGUUAUCUCCAUGAGGAGUCUGAAAUCCGAAUCAUCCAUAGAGAUAUCAAAGCAAGUAAUAUUCUCCUUGAUGAUAAAUUGAAGCCCAAGAUAACAGAUUUUGGCCUUGCGAGAUCUUUUGCAGAGGAUCAAACCCAUCUUAGCACCGGAGUAGCAGGAACUCUGGGAUAUAUGGCUCCUGAAUAUGUUGUACAUGGCCACCUGACUGAGAAGGCCGACGUAUACAGCUUUGGAGUUUUGAUUCUCGAAAUAGUGACUGGACAAAGGUGCAGCAGUGGGGUGGGAUCACAGGCAGGGAAAUCAUUCUUAGCAAGGAUAUGGAGCCAUUACAAGGAUAACACACUUGACAAAAUUGUUGCAAAUAGCACCAAAAAUGAAAGAAUGGUUGGUGUACAGCGUCCCUCUUUACGGUUACAUGGAGAAACUUUGAGAUCAGCAGAGAGAUUAUUCUUCCUAGUUAUUAACGAGGCCAAAGAAGUGGACAUUUGAGAGCUGAACCAAUUCCCACCCAAAAUAUGAGGCCAACUAAAGAGGUGUUACAAAAGUUUCCCAGUGCCUACAGAUGGGAGAGAAAAAAAAUAAUUUGCCUCAAGCCUUCAUUUUAGUUACUACUUUGUAGUCACUUCUGUUCAAACACUGAUUGUUUUGCUAGUCAAUUUCAUCAAACUGAAAUUUGCCUUAUUUCACUGGAUUGGCUGCUUCCACCUAUUCAAUCUGGUUUUAUUCAGAUCGAAUCCCCGAGCUAACCUGAAAUGAGGGGAUACCUCCUCUGUUUUACCGUUUGAACGUGCCUGUCUAGGCAUGGAUUCUGGUGCAAUCAAGGCCAUCAUGGACUGUGCUUGCCUCUGAACAGGCCUAUCAUGGUUUGACUAUCUAAUUCACUAGUCCAUGACACUGGUUUGCUCUCUGAUGUUUCAGGCUGAGUAUCAUUGAAUUCGGGAAUUUUGAUUAUGUUGGACUUCUAGUUCUGUUCUUGUCUAGUUUGUAACUCACAUUUAUGGUAAGGAAUUGAGUACUUGAUGCCAUAAUGUAGGGUGGCAUUUGCAGUGAAGCAA